UUGUUCUAUGUGGUGUACCUGGCUUUGUUCAGCCUCGCAGUGAUGUGGCCUUCGUGCGGAAAUCAAGUCUUGGACAUCAUAGUCUGUAGCUGGACCUCAUUAAUUGCUCUGGAAUCUGUCCAUCCUGCAGUACGUAUGAGAAAGAAAUACAAAGCCAAGGCAUUCGUACUCAAAGUACUGGAAAUCGGCAUUAUGUUCAUGUUUGUUAUUUUGUACCUGAUGGGAAGAAUCAUCUACUUUGAUCUCAUUGACCCGUAUUCGAUGCGUGUCAUCUUAUGCUUAGGCCUGCUUUAUUUUUACUACAGGAUCAUAGCUAUCUACCUGCCGAUAUCGCCUACUUUAGGCCCUCUUUUAUAUAGAGUGAAACUUAUGGUGCUGGUGGACUUCGUGAAUUUCAUGCGAAUGACCAUUCUGGUAAUCAUCAGCGGUGGCAUAGUCAUCCAAGCAGUCAUGUAUCCUGAUUACCCUUUCAAUAAAGAGCUGUUCAGAAGGACCUUCCAUAAAGCCUGGUUCUCCCUCUUCAUGACUCCAAUUCAUGACCUCAGCGGGGAUAUAAAGUGUGUGAAAUGGUCUGAAAAGAGCUACAAUAGCACAUUUUGCAGAGCUGGUGAAUAUAAGGACGAGAAAUGUCCCAAUGUCGCCUUGUGGGCUUAUCUCUUUAACAUUCAGUAUUUUGUAUUGCUGAAACUGAUUCUGUUAACUCUUCUGUACGCACUCUUCAGUGCAACAGCUUCAAAACUUGCAGCUGAAAGUGACGGCAUUUGGAAAUUCCAAAGAUAUCACCUGGUAGUCGAUUUUUCAAAUCGUCUUCGAUUGCCGGCGCCUUUAAACAUCAUCAGCUACAUCAUCAUUAUAUUACAGUUCCUUCGAUGGCUUUAUCAUCAAGCUUUCUGCUGUAUAUGGCGAAAUUACAAAUAUGGUGACAAAGAGAAGCUUGAUGGACGAAGGUUUUCUAUCAAAGAUUACACAUACUGGAAUCAACUGGCACAAGAUUAUGAUUCCCUUCAGCAGUCCAAAGAACUAGAACGAGAUAUUCUGGAGAAGCAAAUGGAUAUGAUUCAUAGUCUAAUGGAAGAUUUCGUAUAUCAGAAACAAACGAUGCAAAGCCUGAAGAGCUCUGUCAGAGAAUUAGAAAGACUGAUGAAUUAUUCUCACGUCCAUUUAGAAAACAUCAGACAUCUAACAAAUAGAGAUAAUUCUGUGGUGACAUCGUGGGAUAAUCUGACAGAAUCCGGCAGUCGAGGACCCCUGCCAGUCAUGAAUAUCCUUUCCCGCAGAUCUCCGUAUCCAGGAACAAGAGUUCAAAGAUUUCCAGUGCCGGACAAAUACGUUCCUUGGGAAGUAAUGUGGAUUGCCUACGACCCUGUGGCAUUUUCACAGCAACGCCAAGAUUUCCCAGUCAUAUUACAAGCCUAUGUUGACGAGGAUAUUUUACUGCUUCGAGAAAAGCAUGGUCCACAGCAGGCAGUUCCUGUGUACUCUUGGAACAGCGUAUCUGUGAAUCCUGCAGGCAUUGGACUCGAUAGGCAAUCUUGGAUCGUAGGAAAAGACGGCUCUCCUCUUGUUUAUAAGCUGAACAGCGAAGGCGUUCCUCAGAAUCCUAUGGGACGAACAGGUCUCCGAGGUAAGGGUGCAUUGCCACGCUGGGGUCCAAAUCAUUACAUGCUGGUCAUUAUUACGAGGUUCCAAAAAUCCAGAGAAUCACUUUUAUCAACUAAGGGAUUGGAAUUUGUUGUGCUAUGGACAGAGAAACGAUUUCAGCUAUCUAUUCCUGGAGGGUUUGUCUCUGGCGAACAUCGCUACGAGGUCAUCAGGUCCAUGUUCAAACCACAAUUCACGGGAAAUGCUGUUUGGAUUGAGGCAAGUUCUGUAAACCAAUUUUUCCGCGAAUGCGUUGUAUCGAAAGGUGAGCUUUCGGAAUCAACAGAAAGUUUUCCAAGUCUUCAAGAAAUAGAGGAAGCAGCAAAAGUGUCGUGUGAAGUAGUAAAUAAAGGUUACAUGGAUGAUCCUUCGAACACAGAUCAUGCUUGGAAAGAAGUGGAACUCUGGCACGUGCAUUACGAUACGCAGGAUACUAUUUCAGAGAAGUUACAGGCACAAAUGGGUUGGAGGCUCAUAACUGAGGACGCUUUUUUCAAAUUGCCAGCCGGGCAAGCAGUUUUGCUGCAGGACAUUGCCAGAAAAAUGAAAGCCGCAAUUUUAUGAACAUUUGUAGAUAUAACUACCAUUGUUCUUAAUUUCUAAACUAGUGUUUUUUUUCCUGGCUACUACACAGACUCAACCGCACAGCAUGAAGUUUCAUCUUUGAAUUACCAAAGACUAAAAUUAACAAUCACAAACUUACUGCAAAGACUAUUAUAAAAUUAUAAAUUUUUUAGUUUGAACUUCUAAUCAGUGAUACCAGCCUCAGAGAAGGAAAUUUUUUUGUAAAUAAUUUUAUACCGUUUUUAUCAAUUUCAUUACAAUGUGAAGCUUUGUCGGGUUUAGAUAAAAACCUGCCGUUAACUUUAUGAAGAAACCCACCACGACUUUAUCAAACAUCUUGCACACUGAGACGGUAUUUUACAAAGUUCUUAUAAAGCGUACAAAAUCCAUUCAAUAAUGCAAUUGCAGUUAUUUCUUAAUAUUUUUCCUCUGUCGAUAUAUAACGGGUGUUCAAAUGAAAAGGUACGGAACGAGACGGUGGAUAUAUAAAUCGGACGGUCUUUAUUCACCAGUAAUCACCGGAGGCCUAAGCCCACUGUUUCACGAGCCAAAGAUUCUCUCUUCCGAGAAUUCCUGCAGCUGUGUUAAGUCCCUAUCACAUAUGCUUCCGCUAUGUGGGACUGGACUUCGAAAGGCACAUUUCUAAAACCUACGUAGCUAGGUUACCAUUUUCACUUACUAAACAGACCUUGAACGCCAAACAGUAAUCGAUUAUCGAUUAGAUUGGGAUCGCAUGUUCCUUCAGAAGCCGAACUUUCGUCUGAUUGGUUGUACCCGGGACAGAGCUGCAGAAGGAACACUUUCGGCGAAGUUUCAAAGUAUCUCGCGUAGCCGGAACAUCGUUUCGGUAGCUAGGUGGAACUUCGCUUCCAGCGGAGCUGUUUUUUCUAGGAAUCCUUCCUUUAACCCUUCAGCCUAUAACCACGAGUCUGACUCGUGGUAAAGAAUUUGUGCCAUAAACAAAAGCCACGAGUCUGACUCGCGGUAAAGAAUUUGUCUCAUACACAAAAGCCAUGAGUCUGACUCGUGGUAAAGAAUUUGUGUCAUGUACAAAAGCCAUGAGUCUGACUCGUGGUAAAGAAUUUGUGUCAUAUACAAAAGCCAUGAGUCUGACUCGUGGUGAGGAAUUUGUGUCAUAUACAAAAGCCAUGAGUCUGACUCGUGGUAAAGAAUUUGUGUCAUCUACAAAAGCCACGAGUCUAACUCGUGGUAAAGAAUUUGUGUCUAAACAAAAGCCACGAGUCUGACUCGUGCUGAGGAAUUUGCGCAAAAAAUGCCGCGUGUUAUUAUUAGAACAAGCGAUUGGAGUUAUUCUACAUCGAAUAUUUUUCCUUUGAUUGUAAUGUCACAAUUUUUUUUUCAGUUGUUUCUGACAAAACUGUAUGAUCUGUUACUUUAAUUCCGCGUAAAGCUUCGUUACGUUCACAUGUUUCAAAUAUAAUUUCCUAUAAAGAAUUAAAAAGCUCUUAUACCCAUCAUGCCAAACUCUUAACCUCAUCAUACCCCCAUCAUGCAAUUAUUUUUGUCAACUGAUCUACGCCCUAGACGUCUUAAAAAUUACUAUUUGUACUUAAACAUUCUUUAUUAUUUCACAAUUCCUUUCGUUACACUGAAAUAUAUAUGUCAUCAAAAGUAUACAUACUGCGCCAGUUGGGGUACACGGUUGAACAGUUGACUGGCACGGCGCGGGACCGACUUUCUUGUUUACUAUAGUUCACGCAAUUGGCAGAUAUCGUGUAGACCAAGGUGUUAAACCAAUGCUACCAAAAUCUCGUUUCUUAGAAAAAUCCCGUCUAGCGGGAACAGUCGCUAGAUGCGAUAAUCCCUUUAGGAGCCAGUCACUCCCACUUUGCCCAGUUCGACGUCCGAGUUAAAGCGCUUCGCUUUCAGAUGUCACUUCUCACCAGGUCGUUCCGCCUUGUCGAUGAGUUCGCCCGUGAUUACCGUGUUUGCCUGGCCUGAUCUCCGGUCAUCACUCAAACACUCAGGCGUUCAUGAAAACUGACACUCCCACUUUCUGACUUGCCGGACGCCCAGUCUCUCCCGUAAACGGCCGAGCGAGGAACGUCGGCCGGUUUAAUCCCAGAGAAGAUAACAACUCGCUCCUCCUCAUUCCUCGAAUUUUGCAAUGUAAAUGCCAUUACACUCACUGCCGCAUCCAUUGGACUCAACACACAACUGCCUGCGUCUCUCUUGCGCAUGCGCACAACCACGCGGGAACCUACAUUCGCAUUCUUAUAUGUUUCAUUAUGUUAUACCAAAACGGUAUAUUCAAAUUUCAACCGGUUCGGUUGUUACGACGUUUCGUACUUUGUGAUUUGAACACCCCUUAUGACUUAAGCAUGAGAUAUGCUAUUAACCUGAAGAGAUUUCGCAUUUUGUAUUUUUACUGCUAAUUCUUUUUUCUCGUAGCGUUUAUUAAUUUAAUUACUCAAACGCUUUUAUUAAUUCGCGGAAUUGCAUGCAGUAAAAGAUUCGCUAAUAAGUGGUUGCAUGAUGUUCACUUUUUUGCUGAGGAAGACAAUAAUGCGUCGCAACGUUGUUGCCAAGAUUUUAUUAAUACUGUUUCUAUAUAAUUGAAUAAUAUUGUCGAAAAUCUGAUGGCAUUCAAAAUAAAAAAAAUAGCAGCAUGAAAUUACAUUACAUGAAUUAUAUAUUUCUCCCCCACGUUUCCGGCACUUUCCUCAGCAGUUUUUAUGUGGUCGGUACUGUACACUGCGCAGAAAAAAUGGCGCAGUUCUAUAUCUCUCCCGUUCUCCUGGGCCGAUUGACGAAAUUGAAAUUGCGUUUUUCAUGUCUCCAAAGCGCGACUUAUUAUA